GUGGAAUAGCGAAUGUGGAGCAGAUUAGGAAACUGUGCCUUGAGGGACUCGGGAGGGUGGCGCCCCAAACGGCAUCUUGGCUCAAGAGGUAUUGGCAUUACCUUGGAAUCUGAGCGCAUCUACGGAGCCAUUGCGGCUCCAAGAACACCAGUUUCAUAUCCCAUAGAGGGAGGAGUCUGGCAUUUCUGGAACCGGAGGAGCAGCAGCAUCGGAGACAGUGUAAAAAAAACUGAAGAGACGGUGUCGAUAGCGGUUGUGGACUACGAUAUAAUUACAUUUCCAACUCCAAUGACACGUGAAUGGAUGGACAUUCGAUGAGUUAAAAAUGAAGGUGUUCGAUUUACGUUCGGGAAGCUGAGCUCUGCAGCCGUGUUUCAUGUGCAGGGAUAAGCCAUCUGUGUUCGCUACGUUGGCUGGGUGUGCUCUGUCAGUGCAAUAACGGAGCUAGCUGGCUAUUUCAAAUGGUGGCUAGCUAGCUAGCUAGCUAGCUAAUACAAACAGAUAACGUUAGCCAACCAUUUUAGAUAGCAAGCGAGUUAGCUUGCGUGGGAGCAAGCUGCAUAUUCGCAUAGACACGAAGAGGCAUCUUGUAGGAAUUGUCCACUAUAUUAUUUCAGCUUCUGCAAACCGGCUUGCUUUUUGUGCAAACAAGUGAAAAAUAUCCGCGCCUUCGGGUCUGUCCGUCGGAUUAGGCAACUGGGGAGAGGUAACUAGAAGGUGGGGCCGAGGACUGUCAAAACGCGCCAGGCUAAGGCUGGAAAUCCUUUGGUUUUCCCAAUUGGGAAAAUCGUUUGAAACAAUUGCAAUUGCGAGAGUCUGCAGCGGGGUAUCCUUGCAAUACUCUGUCCUGCAAGGAAGCAUAGCGCUUACAUUACACACCAAAGGCCAUUGGCUUCGCUACGCUAGCUAAAUAAAAUCUUGUGGGGUGGAUUUCACGGGGAUUGCAUCCCCGUUUGCUUUGGACCAUGGCGGACGACGAUGUGCUUUUCGAGGAUGUCUACGAGCUAUGUGAGGUGAUUGGAAAGGGUCCGUUCAGCGUGGUGCGGCGCUGUAUAAACAGGGACACGGGCCAACAGUUUGCAGUGAAGAUUGUGGAUGUGGCCAGUUUCACCUCCAGCCCUGGCCUCAGUACUGAGGACCUGAAGAGGGAAGCCAGUAUCUGCCACAUGCUGAAACACCCUCACAUCGUAGAGCUUCUGGAGACCUACAGUUCAGAUGGCAUGCUCUACAUGGUGUUUGAGUUCAUGGAUGGAGCUGACCUGUGUUUUGAGAUCGUGAAGAGGGCCGACGCUGGUUUCGUCUACAGCGAAGCGGUGGCCAGCCACUACAUGCGACAGAUCUUGGAAGCGCUGCGAUAUUGCCAUGACAACAACGUGAUCCACCGUGACGUGAAGCCACAUUGUGUGUUGCUGGCCUCGAAGGAGAACUCUGCCCCUGUCAAGCUGGGAGGGUUUGGAGUGGCCAUACAGCUGGGCGAAUCUGGCCUGGUCGCUGGAGGUCGAGUGGGCACGCCCCACUUCAUGGCUCCAGAGGUGGUGAAACGGGAGCCAUACGGGAAGCCUGUGGACGUGUGGGGCUGCGGGGUGAUCCUGUUCAUCCUGCUGUCUGGCUGCCUGCCCUUCUACGGCACCAAGGAGCGGCUGUUCGAGGCCAUCAUUAAAGGGAAAUACAAGAUGAACCCUCGCCAGUGGAGUCACAUCUCAGAGAGUGCUAAGGACCUGGUGAGACGCAUGCUGAUGCUGGACCCUGCUGAGAGGAUCACCGUGUACGAGGCCCUCAACCACCCCUGGCUCAAGGAGAGGGACAGGUACGCCUACAAGAUCCACCUGCCUGAGACUGUGGAGCAGCUGAGGAAGUUCAACGCCAGGAGGAAGCUCAAGGGAGCUGUCCUGGCUGCAGUUUCCAGCCACAAGUUCAACUCCUUCUACGGAGACCCACCAGAGGAAAUGCAUGACUUCUCAGAUGACCCUACCUCCUCAGGACUGCUAGCUGCUGAAAGAGCAGUGUCUCAGGUGCUGGACAGUCUAGAGGAGAUCCAUGCGCUGACCGACUGCAGUGAGAAAGAUCUGGAUUUCCUACACAGUGUCUUCCAGGACCAGCACCUGCACACACUGCUGGACCUCUAUGAUAAGAUCAACUCCAGGUCGUCCCCACAGAUCAGGAACCCUCCCAGCGACGGAGUCCAGAGAGCCAAAGAGGUACUGGAGACCAUCUCAUGUUACCCAGAGAACAUGGAGGCAAAGGAGCUGAGGAGGAUCUUGACACAACCCCACUUCAUGGUACUCAGAAGACUCAAACUUCUUCUCUCCUUCUCUCCAGUUUUCGACCAACUAGACCUGGUCACGUAUGAGGAGGUGGUGAAGUUGCCAGCAUUCAAGAGGAAAACCCUGGUGCUGUUGGGAGCCCAUGGAGUUGGCAGGAGACACAUUAAGAACACACUCAUCACCAAGCACCCAGACCGCUUUGCCUACCCCAUCCCGCACACCACUCGGCCGCCCAAGAAAGAUGAGGAGAACGGGAAGAACUACUACUUUGUGUCCCAUGACCAGAUGAUGCAGGACAUCAGCAACAACGACUACCUGGAGUACGGCAGCCACGAGGAUGCCAUGUACGGCACCCGGCUGGAGACCAUCCGCCAGAUCCACGCCCAGGGCAUGAUCUCCAUCUUGGAUGUGGAGCCCCAGGCCCUGAAGAUCCUGAGGACGGCGGAGUUCGCUCCGUACGUGGUGUUCAUCGCCGCGCCGACCAUCACCCCCGGGAUGAACGAGGAUGACUCCCUCCAGAGGCUCCAGAAGGAGUCCGAGACUCUUCAGAAGACCUACGCCCACUACUUCGACCAGACCAUCAUCAACAACGAGAUCGACGACACCAUCCGUCACCUGGAGGAGGCAGUGGACCUGGUCUGCACCACCGCCCAGUGGGUCCCCGUGUCCUGGGUCUACUAACGCCCCCACCGCCCGCCCCGCCCCGCCCCCCACCGCCCCCGACCCCCAAACCACUCCUGAACUUCAAUCAUCGUUAUCCUUUCUGUUUUCGGGGGAGCGGGAACCAUUCCUGUGAACUUCUUUGUGUCUUGAAAAAUAAGAAGAAGAACUAGAUGAAGAAGAUACGGCCUCGGCAAACCUAAUUCCUCCCUCGAGACUUCAGCCAUUCCUCCCCCUGCCUCCCCCCUUCCAACUGCCUCCACGGCACAUCAUAGUGUGUGUGUGUGUGUAUAUAUAUAUACAUAUAUAUAUAUAAUAGAAAAUAAUGAAUAUGGUCAUGUACUUAUAGUCGAACACAGGAGGGGUGAUAUUGUAGACAUUUUAUACUUUUUGUUUUUUGUAAUCGUUUGAGAGACUGAGUCUCGUAGAUGCGAUAGUGAGCAUGGGUGGAGAGACAGUGGGGUCCGUCCGGGUGUCUGUGUGUGUGUGUUUACCUCCUACUGCAUUUCCUGUGGUCCUGUGCCCUUUGACCCCCUAAUCACCUACUUUCUCUCUAUCCCUCCUUACUCGAUCCUUCUUUCUAUCUAUCUCUUUCCCCUUCUUCUUUUCUCUCCCUCGCUUUCUCUCUCCCUCUUUUCUCUCGAACUGUCUGAGACUUUUCGAAUCAGAAUGGCGACGUACUUCCAAGGACAGUUUCACACCUGUUGUUUGUCGUAGUGGCAACAAAUGCACAAGUUGAUGGAUAAGCACAGAAAACUCGACAGGGACUCCCCCCCCCCCCUCCUCCAUAUUUAUUACAGCACCCUUGUUUAUACCUGUCAAUCAAUUGUUGUUGAAGGAGCAUACAUGUACCCUAGCUGAGAAUCCUGUGUGACAAACCUGGCCCCCAGGUUCUCAAGAAGAGGCUCUGUGUAACCAACCUUGUCCUCUAGUACCGUACUGUGUGCCCUCCCUGGUUCUGUAGCCCUGCUCUAUUUGUUUACAUAUCAGUUUGCACAAAGGACUGUGUAGAGGACACUUCCUGUCUCCUCUCUCUCUCUCUCCACCCAUCUGUCUCUCUCUCUCUCUCCACCCAUCUGUCUCUCUCUCUCUCUCUCCAC